UCUUAGGGAAAAAUAAGAGAAUGGUAAGGAGAGAGAAAGUGUUAAGAGGGUAGAAAGUGUUGCUGACUUUUGAAGUCUUUCACAAGUCCCCACCCAACCCAAGGAAGGCAGCCACCUAUGGGAGAGAGUUGAGAGAAGAACCAUGAAAUGAAACCUCAAAACAGCUGUAUGUAAUAAUCAAACAAAGUGUGUCAGCAUAGCAAUAGCAAUUACAAUAACACAAAACUGCAAAGUCAAUAAGGGCAACCUCUGCCUUUUCGCACCCAUUGCAGACCAGACUUUCUCAACAAAACCAUAAGGUUACCUUACCACCCCUCCGUCUUCUUUUCUAUUCUUUCUUUUAAUAACCUCUUUUCAUCACAAGGGCGUUUUCUUACAAGCUUUUCUUGUUCUUUCUCUCUUUUUCUUCAUUUCUUACAGAGGAGACCACCCACUUCUCCUGCCCAUCUCUAAUAUACUUUUCUGCCAAAAAUUUCAAAUUUUUGGACUGGUUCUGAAUUUUUUUAGCCUGCUGAUUAUCUGGGUGUUGGAAAGAUUUCCUUUUGCCCUCUCUUUUCUCGAGAGGAUUGUUAGAAUUGCUUGCGUCAGUGAUCGGAAUGUUUUGCUGAUAAUUCACAGUUGUUGGAGAGUUUUGGAGUUUCUUUGCCGUCAAAUAUUUGCUAAAUUUUCUGUUCUGAAGAUUUGAGAAGAGUUUGAUGUUGAGCAAUAGAAGGGGAAGGUGAGGCGGGGCAGAAUUAUUUCAUGGAUUGUUUCUGUUGCUUCCAUCAGGUGGUUGGAGGACGCUCUUCAUGUAGCUCCGGCAAGGGGAGGAGCCAUCUGUGGCCAGUUAAGUAUGGUUUUAGCCUAGUUAAAGGGAAAGCAAACCACCCAAUGGAGGACUAUCAUGUAGCAAAAAUUGUGAAAUGCGGAGGGCAAGAAUUAGGACUUUUUGCUAUAUAUGAUGGACACUUGGGAGACAGUGUGCCAGCCUAUUUACAAAAGCAUCUCUUUUCUAAUAUCUUGAAGGAGGAGGACUUCUGGACCGAUCCUAGAAAUUCUAUCAUUAAAGCUUACGAGACAACAGAUCAGGCCAUUCUUUCUCACAGUUCUGAUUUGGGGCGAGGAGGAUCUACUGCAGUCACUGCAAUUCUUAUUAAUAAUCAGAACUUAUGGGUCGCAAAUGUUGGAGAUUCACGGGCAGUUCUGUCAAGGAAGGGGGUGGCCAUUCAGAUGACCAUUGAUCAUGAGCCAAAUACUGAGAGGGGCUUCAUCGAGAACAAAGGAGGCUUUGUCUCAAACAUGCCAGGAGAUGUUGCAAGAGUGAAUGGGCAGCUUGCAGUUUCUCGAGCAUUUGGUGACAAGAAUCUGAAAUCACACUUGCGAUCUGAUCCUGAUGUACAUCAUUUUGAUAUUAACUCAGAUGCUGAGCUUUUGAUACUUGCUAGUGAUGGUCUUUGGAAGGUAAUGGCAAACCAAGAAGCAGUUGAUAUUGCUAGAAGGAUAAAAGAUCCACAAAAGGCAGCAAAAAAGCUAAUUGCGUAGGCAUUGGACAAAGACAGCAAGGAUGAUAUUUCGUGCAUUGUAGUUCGUUUCAAGGGUUGACUGAUAGAUGAAAAAGGGAACACAACACAACAACAAACACCACACAACUAUUCCCUAUAUUUUCUUGGUAUAUAUUUCAUAAAUCUUAGACUUCCAUUUGUUUUGAGAUCUCGUCAUAUCCAUUUUCUACAACACAGGUUUUGCUCAUAAAUCUUAGACUUCCUCUGUAAAAUUGAACUUCUUCGAAUUAGGUCCUCCUGCCAUUUAGUUUCUCAUAAUUUGUUUUGUGUAGAUUAAUUAUUAUUACCAUAAUUUUUCUUUGUAAUUUGCAUUAUUAUUUCAUGUAGCAGUGUGAAGUUGAACAUUGUUUCUAAAUUUGAUCCAGGGAUUUAUGCGUUUGUUAUGAA